CCCUUCUCCCCAGCAGCGUCAACUCUUCAUUUCUCCGGCUCGCUAUCUCCCCGUUCGCGGCUUCGGUUGAAUCCCGAGGCCUCGCGCUUCUUCGAGGCGAGUCCCAUCCUUUGAUCGGCUCUGUUGAUGUUUUCAUUUCAUCGCUGCACGACUUCACAUUAGUUCGUUGGAGUUUCGCUAUGGGUAAGGAGAAGGUGCACAUCAGCAUUGUGGUCAUUGGCCAUGUCGACUCCGGGAAGUCGACCACCACCGGACACUUGAUCUAUAAGCUUGGAGGAAUUGACAAGCGUGUUAUUGAGAGGUUCGAGAAGGAAGCUGCUGAGAUGAACAAGAGGUCUUUCAAGUAUGCUUGGGUGUUGGACAAGCUCAAGGCAGAACGCGAACGUGGUAUUACCAUUGACAUUGCCUUGUGGAAGUUCGAAACCACCAAGUACUACUGUACCGUCAUUGAUGCUCCCGGUCACCGUGACUUCAUCAAGAAUAUGAUCACUGGUACCUCACAGGCUGACUGUGCUGUUCUGAUCAUUGACUCUACGACUGGUGGUUUUGAAGCUGGUAUUUCUAAGGAUGGCCAGACUAGGGAGCAUGCUUUGCUCGCUUUCACUCUUGGUGUCAAGCAGAUGAUCUGUUGCUGCAACAAGAUGGAUGCCACUACCCCUAAGUAUUCCAAGGCAAGGUAUGAUGAAAUCGUUAAGGAAGUUUCUUCCUACCUGAAGAAGGUGGGUUAUAACCCUGACAAGAUUCCAUUUGUCCCCAUUUCGGGCUUUGAGGGUGACAACAUGAUUGAGAGGUCCACAAACCUUGACUGGUAUAAGGGCCCUACACUCCUUGAGGCCCUUGACCUGAUCCUGGAGCCCAAGAGGCCCACAGACAAGCCACUCCGCCUUCCCUUACAAGAUGUCUACAAGAUUGGUGGUAUUGGUACCGUCCCAGUGGGACGUGUUGAGACUGGAAUCCUCAAGCCUGGUAUGGUUGUCACAUUUGGCCCCUCUGGAUUGACAACUGAAAUUAAGUCUGUGGAGAUGCACCAUGAAGCCCUCCAGGAGGCUUUGCCUGGUGACAACGUCGGUUUCAAUGUCAAGAAUGUUGCGGUAAAGGAUCUGAAGCGUGGUUUUGUCGCUUCUAACUCAAAGGAUGAUCCUGCCAAGGAGGCUGCUAAUUUCACCUCUCAGGUCAUUAUCAUGAAUCAUCCAGGUCAAAUUGGAAAUGGCUAUGCCCCUGUCCUCGACUGCCACACUUCUCACAUUGCUGUCAAAUUUUCUGAGAUAUUGACUAAGAUAGACAGGCGUUCUGGUAAGGAGCUUGAGAAGGAACCCAAAUUCUUGAAGAAUGGUGAUGCUGGUUUUGUGAAGAUGAUUCCUACCAAGCCUAUGGUUGUGGAGACUUUCUCUGAGUACCCUCCACUGGGUCGUUUUGCUGUUAGGGACAUGCGUCAGACCGUGGCUGUUGGAGUCAUCAAGAGUGUUGAGAAGAAGGAUCCUAGUGGAGCCAAGGUGACCAAGUCUGCUGCCAAGAAAGGUGGAAAAUGAACUGUGCAGGCUCAUCUUGGUUCUAUAGCAGAUGGAACUUUCAUUCCUAAAGGGGCAGUCUUUUUAAAAAAUUUGCGUUCUUGUUGGUUCAUUGUUUGCUUUAUCCCGUGUCGUAUAGCGUUGUUCUCUACGCACCUUCAAGCCACAGAAGUUUGCAGCACUGGGUGCUCUACAGGCGGUGGUGGAGACUGUUGAUAAUCUGAGUCAUUGGCAUGUGAAUUGAUUGGCUGGUCGAGGUGCUUUGGUUCUCCAAGGCGGCUCAAAAGUUUUGAGGAAUUGUCCUUGUAUUGAACUUCCCUUUUUUUUGUACGUCACUUUAUUGUUAAUGUCACAUACUUCAUAUGCGUCUAUAAUCGACGACUUUAUCCGUCAGCUGAAUAA